GGGGAACCCACAGCCGGGCCCGGCCCCGCCCCGCGCUGCCUACCGGCCCCUUCUCCCCCGCCCCCGGGCCGGCUGGGCCGGCGGCUGCGCACUGCGGUUCUGCGCUCUCAUCAUGGCGGCGCGGGGCCAUGUGCAGGACCCCAACGACCGGCGCCUGCGGCCCAUCUACGAUUAUCUCGAUAAUGGCAAUAAUAAAAUGGCAAUCCAGCAAGCGGAUAAGCUGCUCAAAAAACACAAAGAUCUUCACUGUGCGAAGGUUCUAAAGGCAAUUGGCUUGCAGAGAACUGGCAAGCAGGAUGAAGCGUAUGCUCUGGCACAAGAAGUAGCAGCGCUUGAACCCACAGAUGAUAAUUCCUUGCAAGCACUGACUAUUCUCUACCGGGAAAUGCACAGACCUGAACUGGUAACUAAACUUUAUGAAGCAGCUGUAAAGAAGGUUCCCAACAGCGAGGAGUAUCACUCGCAUCUCUUCAUGGCCUACGCCAGGGUUGGAGAAUACAAGAAGAUGCAACAGGCUGGAAUGGCACUUUAUAAGAUUGUACCCAAAAAUCCGUACUAUUUUUGGUCUGUGAUGAGCCUGAUCAUGCAGUCUAUUUCAGCACAGGAUGAAAACCUCUCAAAGACGAUGUUUUUGCCACUAGCUGAAAGAAUGGUGGAAAAAAUGGUGAAAGAGGAUAAGAUUGAAGCUGAGGCUGAAGUCGAACUAUACUACAUGAUUCUGGAACGUUUGGAGAAGUAUAAGGAGGCUUUGGAUGUUGUGAGAGGAAAACUAGGAGAGAAGCUGACAAGUGAGCUCCAGAGCCGCGAGAACAAGUGUAUGGCAAUGUACAAGAAGCUGCGUAGGUGGCCGGAGUGCAACGCGCUGUCGAGAAGGCUGCUGCUGAAAAACUCAGAUGAUUGGCAGUUUUAUAUAACUUACUUUGAUUCAGUGUUUCAACUCAUUGAUGAGUCCUGGACACCUCCAGCAGAAGAAGAGCACUCUUUGGAAGGAGAGGUACACUAUUCUAUAGAGCAAGCUGUGAAGUUUAUAGAAGAGAGGAUAACAGAAGAAUCUAAGAGCUCUCGGCCACUUCGGGGACCAUAUUUAGCUAAACUGGAGCUGAUUAGACGUUUGCGAUACAGAGGUUGUAAUGAUGAAUAUAAACUAGGUGACCCAGAAGAACUAAUGUUCCAAUACUUCAAAAAAUUUGGAGACAAGCCCUGCUGUUUUACCGAUCUCAAAGUAUUUGUGGAUCUCCUCCCACCCAACCAAUAUACAAAGUUUGUCAGUCAGUUGCUGGAAGUAAUCCCUCUGUCGGCAACAGCCGAGAGUGAAGUCGCGCUGCCAGCCGAUAUCAAAGCCCUGCAGCAGCACUUGUGUGUGGUGCAGCUCUCGAGAUUGCUGGGUAUCUAUCACGCCAUGGAUAGGAACCAAAAGCUGACCACGGUCCGGGAGUUGAUGUUAAGAUACCGCCAUGGAUUGGAAUUUGGGAAAUCUUGUUUGAAAACUGAAUUGCAGUUUUCAGAUUAUUACUGUCUGCUUGCAGUUCACCUGCUGCUUGAUCUGUGGCUAGAAGGGGAAGACACGGCUGUGUGGCAGUGCCUCACUCUCUUAGAAGAAGGGUUAUCUCAUAGUCCUUCUAAUGCUCAGUUUAAAUUGCUGCUCAUUCGAAUCUACUGCAGGCUCGGUGCAUUUGAACCUGUUGCAGAGCUCUAUGCCAGCCUUGAUGCUAAACACAUACAGCACGACACCAUCGGUUAUCUCCUGACGCGCUAUGCGGAGCCGCUGGGCCAUUACGCUGCUGCAUCCCAAUCCUGCAAUUUUGCACUCAGGUUUUUCCACUCCAACCAGAAAGAUACCUCAGAAUAUAUCAUUCAAGCCUACAAGUAUGGUGCAUUUGAGAAGAUCCCAGAAUUCAUUGCAUUUAGAAAUAGGCUGAACUCUUCCCUUCACUUUGCGCAAGUUCGCACAGAACGGAUGUUGUUAGACCUCUUACUUGAAGCAAAUAUAUCAACCAGCUUAGAAGAAAGUAUAAAGUCCAUGAGUCUGAGCCCAGAGGAGGAUGACAUUCCGUGGAAAGAUUUGCGUGACAACAGAGACCUGACAGUCCUGUUUAACUGGGAUCCCAAAGACAGGGACAUUUCUGAAGAACAUAGGAAACUCUCGCUGGAGGAAGAAACCAUGUGGUUGCGAAUCCGGUCUUUAACAUUAAGGCUAGUCAGCGGACUCCCAACUCUUAGUCACACUAUUCAACCAAAGAACUCUGAAAAGAUGGCAGAGAACGGCGUCUCAUCCAAGAUUGAUACAGUUCGAUCCCUGCUUCAGCAGCUGGAAGCAGCAGUGGAUUCAGGGAAGAAGUUUCUAGAACAAAAAAUUCAGUAUCCUGUCCUUGGCCCUCCUCCUACCCGAAUGGCUGGCUUCUUCAGCAAUGGCAGCUGCCAGUGCCAGACUAGCUUGUUUUAUCUUGUUAGUGAUAUUUAUGAACUAGACACCAGUGGCUUAGAAGAUUCAGCAGAAAUCCAGGAGAGGAUAGGGAAUAGUUUCAAGUCCUUAGUAGAACGACUAACAGACUUGUUCAAUAAAUGUAAAGGUGAUUUGAUUGAAGUCAGAGAUGGCACCUUGAAAACUCAUCCAAACCUGUUAGAAAACCUAGUCUUCUUUGUUGAGACAAUCUCCAUUGCCCUGUGGGUAUCAAGUUACUGUGAUAGUGUUCUCCGACCUUUUAAAUCCAACCUGCAAAAAAAGAAGAAGAAAAAAAAAGAAAGCAGUGUAGCUAUGCCACCUGUAUUUACGCAUUUUCUGGAUUAUGUUACUGAGCUACAGACGUUAACUUCCAAUGUAAUAGAUCACAUCAAAGGGCUUGAAAUAAUUCUGACUGCACUAAAACUUGAAGAGCUGUCCCUGAAGGACACUCUGCUUUUACAGGAAGAAAAAAAGUUUACAAAGACUGUGCAAGGGAAGGUCCAGAGCAGUUACCAUCACUCAAUUCAGGAAAUUGGAGAGCUGCUGAAAAAGAGACUUGAUACCAUUAAAAAACUAAAGAUUUGAGAAAUGCAUCCUUGACAGACUCUACAGGGGAGUGACACCAGAAUCCCAGACAGAAGCAACAUCCAAUAUACCAUCACUUUAAUCCAGAACUUCCUCAUAAUGCAUGAAGGACUUAAAAAUCACAGAACAGUUUUUUUAGGUAUUACAGAUGUAUUGAGCAGAUUUAAAUUAUUGUACAUAAAUCAGAAGCAGGGACCCUUAUUGGGGUUUGACCACUUUUUAUACAUGUUCAUAAGCAUAUUGCAACAGGAGAAAAUUAACUUUCUUCCCUUUUGAUCUCUAGAAACAACUGGAGAUGGUCUGUAGAAGCAGCAAUAGAAAUCCAGUGUAAAGCAUAUAUCUCAAAGGAGUUGUAUUUUCAUCACCAUACAGUGUUUAUAAUUUUGUAUGGUCCUUGCCUCAGAAAUACAGGAAUUGUAGAUGCCCACAUUCAGCGCCUCCAGUGAAUUAUCCCGUUUUGAAGCUGCCUAUUUUGUCUGCAAGCCACCUGGUCCUACAGAAUUAAUUCGGUGUGCGGGUCCCUCGAAGGAGAGAACGGCUGGAGGGAAGAUGUGGUGUCAGUGUACACACAGUUUGUUUUCACGUUCGGGAAAAAUUGCAAAGCUGAUGAGGAGCAAACUUGGCUGUUAAGCUUUAGAGAGAGAGAUGGGAAUCAGUGUUUCAGAACAAAAAAGACAAAACCAGAGACCUUGUAUAUAAUAGCUGCAGUGAAGUCUGACAUUGCAGUCUGAUGUCAUGUCAGUUUAAUGUACAACAGCAAUCAUCAUGACUUUUAAAAAGUGUAUUUAGAUUACUGAAACUUCAAGACUUAAAUAUUUUAAUAGAAAUUAAAUCCUAUUGGCUUUGGUUUAAAGUUGGCAGAGGUAACUUUUGCUUCCGCUGUGGUAUGAGGCUGAGAAUACUUUUUGUAUGCUUGCUUUUUGCAGUUGAUCUUUGAUUGUUCAAGUACUAGCUCAUUAGGUAUUCCGUUAGACCGUGCAAUCGCGUCAUCUGCUCCCACUGAAUCUGCAUUUCUGCUGGUUUUCGUUUUAAAGGAGUAAUGCAGCCUAAAAUUGGUGGGCAAAAAAAGAAAAGUUACAUGUACCUGCAAUACAAGGGACAGGUCAGACUUUACAGAUUCCUCGUCUUCUGAUUUAAAGCAGCUAGUAUCUGAAGUCUAUGUUUAAAAUUUUAAGAGAGCUGACAAUCCUACCUUUGUCAUCUCUUCUGAGUAUGUUUUGUUAGUAACGGUAGAAUGUUGAUGAGAGUAUUUUUUUUAAAUAAAUCCCCUGUAUAAAAAAAAAAAAAAUUCACAUAGUUGCUCUUGCUGGAUUUAGUUUUGCUUUGCCCCAUCCUGAAAGGGAAAGAAGAAUGUCUGCAGUUUGUCUAAAUUGUACUGGAUGUCCUGAUGGUUUAAUUGCAAUGUCUGGUAAGUGGUCUGGGCUGGAGGAAUACCAAAAUGCGUUAAGUUUGUUUUAUAGGAAUACUUUUCCUGAAGAAAAAAGAAAAAACAACACCACACACAACCCACUGAACUCUUCUUUGUUGUAUAGAAAUACCUUUUUGGAGAGAAUGGUGUGCUUGUUAAAUUAAAGCAAGACUGAUCCCUGAAGUUGACACUUUGAAAUGUGUAGGGUAAGAGAAGCCAGUCCCAUUGCUGAGAUAAUCCAGUUCACAGAGAAGCCCUGAGCCAGAAAUGGGCAUUGCCCCUUGCUGCUCGAGGUGACAAGUUGCUGAUGCUCCUGUCCCCUCCCUCCCCCUGGCAGUGUGAACUAGAGAGGGCUUUGCACAAACACCAGCACUGAACCCCAAAUUGACACAUAUUCUCAUCCACGGGGCUGGUUUGUGCUGGAGUUUCCUUCCACUGCUGCUACAACAGGUUGAAUUCAACCAGUCAUAUCAAUAAGCAAUGGUCAAAAUGCAAGCGAAGUGUAAGUUUUAUUUAACCAAGCUUUUAAAAUCUUCCUAUGUGCCAGGAAGCAGAACUUGCUUUAAAAAAAAUGUUUUCUCUAUCAGCUCUCUUAAAAGCAGAAUUGAAACUGCUGGGGGGGGGGGUAUGUGCGUCAUCUGAAGGAAAGUCUGAGAAGAGCUGAAACCGCAGCUCAUUCCCUUCCCAGCACAGCAUUUGGCUCGGUGUGGGUCCCGCACUGGCUGGUCACCCAAACCACCUCUGUGCCAGCACAGGGAAAACCAACUGCUGCUCCAUGCGAGCUGACAUCCCGUUUCCUGUUCCAUCACUGGUGAAUGAUCAGCUUGUCAAACAAAUACAAUUUUUGGAUUACUCAGUAUUUUGUAAAACUAGGUGCCAUCUCUUCACAAGUGGUGGUUUGUCUCCAGGAGCAGAUGGUGUACAAAAAUGACUGUACUGGGAGUGUGAUUGAGGGAGAAUUUCUCUCCCCAUAUAAAUUAUGUACAGUUAAAUAUAUUGUAUAUUUCUUACAAAAGAGCAUUUCCCCUCCAGAAUAUGUCCCACAGGGACCCGAUAAGAAAUUCAAGCUAUAACCCAUUGCUGCUGUUCUCCCUUUUCCACUCUUGGGAUUUUUGUUUGUUUGUUUUGGGAUUUUUUUUUGUGAUGAAUUGAAAAACAGACCUAGAAGAAGCUACCAAGACUACUGUUUACAGACUGAAAAAAUACUGAUUUUAUACUACUGGGAUCGUGAGCCACGAUCCUUUUACAGAAUUCCUCAACUCUUUGCUUAAAAUUGAUGUCUAAUGUAGAUAAAGGUCAGAAGUCCUUCCCUGCUUUGUCUACAUACAGGACAAAAUGUACAAUGUCUGUUUGUGUUGCCCAUUUUUUUUGUACUUUUUAACUGUUCAAAAAUUGCAUUUAUAUUUUGCAAUCAUUGAUAAUCAUGACUUUAUUUUAACCACUAGUAAUCUUAGAGAGGAUUUUUGUGUUGUAUCUGCAGCCUUAUCUGAACUUUCUCUUCCUUGAUUAUUCAUUGUUAAUUUAUGACUGUAGAAGAUAUGUAUGCCUCAGCCUUCUAUGGAUUUAAGUGACACAACUGCAAAUGAUCUGCUUUAAACUGGAUGGGUUUAUAAUUUAUAUAAAAGUCAGUUUCAUUACAAA